AUGCCAGCAAUUGAUCAAGUGGAUAAGUUGACGAACAACGAAUAUGAUGGGAUUAUUGCGGUUUUUGCACAGGUUUGAUUAUUUUGAAAUUGAAAAAAUGCAAUAAUACGUGUGUUUUAGGGUGUUAGUUGGCAAUUCAAAGGAUGGAAAUGGAAUGGAGUUCCGGCUGAUAGAAACAGUGUCCAAAGUCGACUCGUCUCUCCAGGUGUGAUUUUUUUCUCAGAAAAAAUUCUCCGUAAAAAAAGAAUAAAAAAGAAAAGGCGCACAACAAACAAAUAGGUCUCGCUGCGCUGGGAAAACUACGGUCGUUUUAUUUUUCGAAUUUUUCUGUUUUUAUUUUUUUUUGUUCUUUUUUCCUCGGUUCCCAAAAGGGCUGAUUCACUAACGAAAAAACUGCUGAAAAAAUGUUUUUUUAACAUUGAAGGAUCAAUUCACGAAAAGUCAAAAAAUGUCAAAAAAAAACAUUGUAGGUCAAAAUUAGUUUUUCGAGUUUUUAAGCCAAAAAUGAUGACAAAUCAAUAUGUUUCAAGCUUCUGGAGUAAUUUCUGAUGAAAAUGAGCUUCGAGAAUUCUAAUUUGCUUUAUUUUAUGAAUUUUUUCGAAAUUCAUCAAAAUUUAAAAAUUAUUAUUUUACAAAAAAUCAGCAAAACCUUCUGGAAAAUGAAUUCCAAAGUCAAUUUCAAUCAGAAAUUACUCCAGAAGCUUAAAAAAUAUAGAUUUGUCAUCAUUUUGGCUGAAAAACUCGAAAAACUAAUUUUGACCUACAAUGUUUUUUCUUUUCAACUUUUCGUGAAUUGAUCUUUCGAUGUUAAAAAAAUUUUCGUUCGUGAAUCAGCCCUAUUGAUUUUCACCUCAAACCUUUUUUGUUAUUUCUUUUUCCGUUUGACCGUUCGUGAAUUGAUUUUUCGCUGAAGUAACACAUCAGAUUUUCCAGCUGAACGUUUAAAAAUGGAACCCGAGCCAAAACAACUUCGAUUAGAAGAAGGAACUGGAUGGUUUGAUAUUCCAUACGAUUGUCGACGAAUUAUCAUCGAAAAAAUGGAUUUGUUCACAUUCUGCAGAUUCGCACAAUGUUCAGAGAAAUGCAACGAUGAAGUUAAAUUGUGCACAUACUUUGUGAAAUCCAUUAGUUUGCGUCAUAAUGGAGAAACUUUUACCAUGCAAAUUGAAAUCAAGAAUCGUAACUUGUAUGUUAGUAUUAGAGAAUCCAACUAUGAUCAAAAAGGCAAUAAAUUGGAUAAGCCAUGUACUUUUAUUUCGUUUAAAAAUUCAAGUAAAUGGAGUCGAAAACCAGAUCGAAAACCAGAUCGAAAAACACGUUGGAUAAAAAUGGAAGAAGAAGGAAGUGUUGCGAUGAAUUUUGCAAAAUAUUUCAAUAUGAUUGUGAAAAACGCAUCGAAUUGCCGCAUUAAAUUGGAAUUUGGAAGUGUAAGUUGAUUUUCAAUCUGAUUUUGGUAUUUAAUUAAAGCAAUGUUUGCAGAAUGAUUUUCCAUUCGAACUCAUCGAUAUCAAACAUCUCAACAAAAUCAAAUCAUUGGAUAUUCCCCCAAUGAAUGGCAAUAUUGGCGAAGGAUUUAUCAUAAAACAGCAGUUAUUCAAUAUCACCGAUACAUUACGAAUCCCUUCGAUUUCACUGAAUUUCAACGAAAUUCUUCAAUUGCAGGCGGAAAAUGUUAAUCUUCCUGAUUCAAGGUUCAACUGGGAACAAGUGAAAGAUUUUGUGAAAUCAUGGAAAAAUGGAGAUUUGCCCAAAAGAAUGAGCAGUUGGCAAAUGGGAUUUAUAUCGAAUAUUGGACCAAAUGAGGCCUUCGAUAAUCAAAAAAUGAUGGAAGAAUUGGAAGGAUUUGAUUUCAGUGAACAUGCGAUGUUCUAUAGUUUUCUCGUGAAAACUUCAACCGAUCCUCGAGUCGUUUCUUUUAUUGAUUAUUCGUAUUCUUAUUUUAAUCUUUUUUCGUUCAAGCGUAAAUUUUAUUUUGAUGAAACGAUGAACAGUUGGAUUAUUGAUGAGGAUUUGUGCUAAGUUUGAAUCCAUAAUUCCCCCAUUUCAUGUAAUAUAUCACCCCCAGAAUGUUUUAUCAUUUUUAUAAAUUUCGAGAAUUUUUUCUUACGAAUUAUUGUAUAGUUGGACAUCGACAACAAUCAAUCGAGCCUAAUAUUAGCAACAGGCAAUUUUCUGAAAAAUUUUGUAAGGCCAAACUUGAGCUUAACUAUUGUCUAGUCUAAAAUGAGCAAUCGUAGUUUUUUUCUAAAAAAAAAACAAUUGAGGGCCCAAAUUUAGGUCUAACUAGUGAUCUAGCCUAAUAUGAGCAAUCGGAUUUUUUCUUUAAAAAAAUUAGAAGCCCAAUUUUAGGCCCAGCAAUAGAUCUAGGCUAAUAUGAGCAGUCGGAUUUUUUUCUGAAAAAAAAAAACAAUUGAGGGCCCAAGUUUAGGCCUAAUAUGAGCAAUAGGUUUUUUUCUUGGAAAAUUUAAUCGGCCUAAGUUUAAGCCUAACUGAUGAUCCAGCCUAAUAUGAGCAAUCGGAUUUUUUUCUAAAAAAAAUUAGAAGCCCAAUUUUAGGCCCAGCAAUUGAUCUAGACUAAUAUGAGCAAUCGGAUUUUUUCUGUGAAAAUUCAGUCGGUCUCAAUUUAAGCCUAACUAGCCUAAUAUGAGCAAUAGGCAAUUUUCUGAAAAAAAAUGUUGGCUCAAAAUUAAUGCUCUUCUACCUAAAUUUAAAUUUAUAGAAUUUUAAUGCUAUUUUUAGCCACGUCAUAACUUUUUGGAAUUUCCAUCAGAAAAAAAAAACACAUCCCCAAAAAAUUGUCUAAUUUACAUUUUUCUUUCAGCUCUUCAAUUACGAAUGGAUCUGAAAGAACGAGAAGAGCGAAUUCGACAAUUAUCAGCGGCUCUUGAAAAUUCCGGAACUGGAAUUGGAAUGGAUCCGCGAGUUGGAGAAUUGGAGGAUACAAUUAUGAAAUUGCAGGAUUUUUUGGCGACGAAAGAAACGCAGGCGAUGAUGAAUAAUACGGUAGGUUCUAGGGUUGUGCCUUGAGAGCUUCUGAAGUAGCCGAGUCGAGAAAUCCCAGUUGUCAAGUAGCCGCGGCUAGAGAUCAAAAGACCCAAGUGUCAGCGCCUAGAGUGCCUACUUCUCAAGUAGUCGAGCCUAGAGAGAAUAGAUCUCAAGCAGUCGCUCCUACAGAGCCUAGAUUUCAAGUAGCCGCUUCUACAAAGCCUAGUUUUCAAGUAGCCGCACCUAGAGAGCCUAGAUUUCAAGAAGCCGCUCCUACAGAGCCUAGAUUUCAAGAAGCCGCGCCUACAAAGCCUGGAUUUCAAGUAGCCGCACCUACAGAGCCUAGUUUUCAAGUAGCCGCUUCUACAGAGCCGAGUUUUCAAGUAGCCGCUCCUACAGAGCCGAGUUUUCAAGAAGCCGCGCCUAGAUAGUCUUAAAACAAUUUAAAAUCGGAGCUUCCGAAUUAAAGUUCACAAAUCUCUCUCAUUUUCCAUGUGAAAUUCAGAUUUUCAGAAAACAUUCAAUGUUUUUUUUUCUGACAGUACAAAAAUCUACAUUUUUAAUAAAAUCCCGAUUGGGUGGUGUCUCGAUGGAAGAAGCAUUUUAUUAUUUCUUUGUGUCUAGGGUCAAUUUAUUCCUAAUUCAACUCAGGCCGAUUUUUUUUUUCAUCCAACAAAAAAAACUCGAGCCGAUUUUUUGAAAAAACUCGGGCCGAAACGAAUUACAAUUAAAUUUUUGUCAGCUGCCCGCUCAAAUCGAAAUUUUCAUUCGGGCGGGAUGACGUCAUCCAACAACACAAAUUCUUGAGUUCAAAUAAAAUUUUUUUAAUAGUGUUAAAAAAAUAAAAUGGGACUAUUCAAGUUAUUUUCUCAACGCUGAAAAAGCGAAGAAAACCUAUUCAGGUAGGCUGAGAAAAUACGAAAAAAGUGAAGAAAAUACAUUUUCUCCGCAUUUCUCCUGUUUUCUCAGCGUGUUGAGAAAAUACUUGAAUAGCCCCAAAAAUGAGUUCAAAUAAAAUUUUUUUAACAGUGUUAAAAAAAUAAAAAUGAGUUCAAAUAAAAUUUUUUUAACAGUGUUAAAAAAAUAAAAAUGAGUUCAAAUAAAAUUUUUUUUAACAGUGUUAAAAAAAUAAAAAUGAGUUCAAAUAAAAUUUUUUAACAGUGUUAAAAAAAUAAAAAUGAGUUCAAAUAAAAUUUUUUAACAGUGUUAAAAAAAUAAAAAUGAGUUCAAAUAAAAUUUUUUUAACAGUGUUAAAAAAAUAAAAAUGAAGUUCAAAUAAAAUUUUUUAACAGUGUUAAAAAAAUAAAAAUCAGUUCAAAUAAAAUUUUUUUAACAGUGUUAAAAAAAUAAAAAUGAGUUCAAAUAAAAUUUUUUAACAGUGUUAAAAAAAUAAAAAUGAGUUCAAAUAAAAUUUUUUUAACAGUGUUAAAAAAAUAAAAAUCAGUUCAAAUAAAAUUUUUUUAACAGUGUUAAAAAAAUAAAAAUGAGUUCAAAUAAAAUUUUUUUAACAGUGUUAAAAAAAUAAAAAUGAGUUCAAAUAAAAUUUUUUUAACAGUGUUAAAAAAAUAAAAAUGAGUUCAAAUAAAAUUUUUUUAACAGUGUUAAAAAAAUAAAAAUGAGUUCAAAUAAAAUUUUUUUAACAGUGUUAAAAAAAUAAAAAUCAGUUCAAAUAAAAUUUUUUUAACAGUGUUAAAAAAAUAAAAAUCAGUUCAAAUAAAAUUUUUUAACAGUGUUAAAAAAAUAAAAAUCAGUUCAAAUAAAAUUUUUUUAACAGUGUUAAAAAAAUAAAAAUCAGUUCAAAUAAAAUUUUUUAACAGUGUUAAAAAAAUAAAAAUCAGUUCAAAUAAAAUUUUUUUAACAGUGUUAAAAAAAUAAAAAUCAGUUCAAAUAAAAUUUUUUUAACAGUGUUAAAAAAAUAAAAAUGAGUUCAAAUAAAAUUUUUUUAACAGUGUUAAAAAAAUAAAAAUCAGUUCAAAUAAAAUUUUUUUAACAGUGUUAAAAAAAUAAAAAUGAGUUCAAAUAAAAUUUUUUAACAGUGUUAAAAAAAUAAAAAUCAGUUCAAAUAAAAUUUUUUUAACAGUGUUAAAAAAAUAAAAAUCAGUUCAAAUAAAAUUUUUUUAACAGUGUUAAAAAAAUAAAAAUCAGUUCAAAUAAAAUUUUUUUAACAGUGUUAAAAAAAUAAAAAUCAGUUCAAAUAAAAUUUUUUAACAGUGUUAAAAAAAUAAAAAUCAGUUCAAAUAAAAUUUUUUAACAGUGUUAAAAAAAUAAAAAUGAGUUCAAAUAAAAUUUUUUAACAGUGUUAAAAAAAUAAAAAUGAGUUCAAAUAAAAUUUUUUUAACAGUGUUAAAAAAAUAAAAAUGAGUUCAAAUAAAAUUUUUUAACAGUGUUAAAAAAAUAAAAAUGAGUUCAAAUAAAAUUUUUUUAACAGUGUUAAAAAAAUAAAAAUGAGUUCAAAUAAAAUUUUUUUAACAGUGUUAAAAAAAUAAAAAUCAGUUCAAAUAAAAUUUUUUUAACAGUGUUAAAAAAAUAAAAAUGAAGUUCAAAUAAAAUUUUUUUAACAGUGUUAAAAAAAUAAAAAUGAGUUCAAAUAAAAUUUUUUUAACAGUGUUAAAAAAAUAAAAAUCAGUUCAAAUAAAAUUUUUUUAACAGUGUUAAAAAAAUAAAAAUGAGUUCAAAUAAAAUUUUUUAACAGUGUUAAAAAAAUAAAAAUCAGUUCAAAUAAAAUUUUUUAACAGUGUUAAAAAAAUAAAAAUCAGUUCAAAUAAAAUUUUUUUAACAGUGUUAAAAAAAUAAAAAUCAGUUCAAAUAAAAUUUUUUUAACAGUGUUAAAAAAAUAAAAAUCAGUUCAAAUAAAAUUUUUUUAACAGUGUUAAAAAAAUAAAAAUGAAGUUCAAAUAAAAUUUUUUAACAGUGUUAAAAAAAUAAAAAUCAGUUCAAAUAAAAUUUUUUUAACAGUGUUAAAAAAAUAAAAAUCAGUUCAAAUAAAAUUUUUUUAACAGUGUUAAAAAAAUAAAAAUGAGUUCAAAUAAAAUUUUUUUAACAGUGUUAAAAAAAUAAAAAUAAGUUCAAAUAAAAUUUUUUUAACAGUGUUAAAAAAAUAAAAAAUGAGUUCAAAUAAAAUUUUUUUAACAGUGUUAAAAAAAUAAAAAUGAGUUCAAAUAAAAUUUUUUUAACAGUGUUAAAAAAAUAAAAAUGAGUUCAAAUAAAAUUUUUUAACAGUGUUAAAAAAAUAAAAAUCAGUUCAAAUAAAAUUUUUUUAACAGUGUUAAAAAAAUAAAAAUGAGUUCAAAUAAAAUUUUUUAACAGUGUUAAAAAAAUAAAAAUCAGUUCAAAUAAAAUUUUUUUAACAGUGUUAAAAAAAUAAAAAUCAGUUCAAAUAAAAUUUUUUAACAGUGUUAAAAAAAUAAAAAUCAGUUCAAAAUAAAAUUUUUUUAACAGUGUUAAAAAAAUAAAAAUGAGUUCAAAUAAAAUUUUUUAACAGUGUUAAAAAAAUAAAAAUCAGUUCAAAUAAAAUUUUUUAACAGUGUUAAAAAAAUAAAAAUCAGUUCAAAUAAAAUUUUUUUAACAGUGUUAAAAAAAUAAAAAUGAGUUCAAAUAAAAUUUUUUUAACAUUGUUAAAAAAAUAAAAAUGAGUUCAAAUAAAAUUUUUUUAACAGUGUUAAAAAAAUAAAAAUGAGUUCAAAUAAAAUUUUUUUAACAGUGUUAAAAAAAUAAAAAUCAGUUCAAAUAAAAUUUUUUUAACAGUGUUAAAAAAAUAAAAAUCAGUUCAAAUAAAAUUUUUUUAACAGUGUUAAAAAAAUAAUUUUUUUGAAUUAAAUCUACUCGAAAGAUGUUAAACAAACGAAUUACAAUUGAAUUCAUCGAAAAUUUCAAGUUUUUUAAAUCAAAAAAUGACUCGUGGCAAAAUCAGGAAGGCUUCCUAAUUUUGCCAUGGAUGACGUCAUCGAAAAAAAAAACUUAUUUGAUAGUUUUUUUGAAUUAAAUCUACUCGAAAGAUGUUAAACAAACGAAUUACAAUUGAAUUCAUCAAAAAUUUCAAGUUUUUUGAUCAAAAAAUGACUCGUGGCAAAAUUAGGAAGGCUUCCUAAUUUUGCCAUGGAAAAUUUUUUUUCUGUAUUUAAUGUAUACUCGAUAGGGGCUGUUAGCCCCUAGGCGGGACAAUAUUUGAUUAAAAAAAAUAAUUUUCUUCAGACAGUACUCAAUAAAUACUCACUAAAUUUUUUUUUUCUGAUAAUGAAUUUUUUUCCGAAAAAAAGUAGAUUUUUCUUCGAGCAUUCAAAAUUCAAAAAUGAGAAGAGGGGGCCCUCAUUGAAAAAUGCUUCUACCACCGAGACACCACCCAAUCGGGAUUUUAUUAAAAAGGUAGAUGAUUGGAAUUCAUUUAGUGAGCAUCUAUUGAGUAUUGUCUGAAGAAAAUGCUAUUUUUUUUAUCAACUUUUUUUUCGUUCAAAAAUUUGUAAAUCUGGAAACCAGUUUCCACAGAAUUUUCCACAGAAAAAAGUGAGACUGAAAUAAAUGAGAAGACUGUUUCGCCUGGGGGCUAACAGCCCAUAGUCAUAAAUUUAAAAUCCCGAUUUCAAAUAUGAGCUUUAAAAUUUAAGAUUUUCAAAAAAUUGUUGAUGUUACUCUAGCUUUUUUCAUCUGAAUUUUUGCUGAUUUUUUCGAGUAGAAAUAUAUCUGAAAAUUCUAGCAAAUUUCCUAUUGUUUUUCUCGAAUUCUUAAUUUAUAAUUCAAAAACAAACAGAAUUCUUUAUUAUUUUUGGAGCCAAAAUCAUUGUUUUCUCUUGGAAAAAAGUGGUUUUUUCACAAUCUAAAUUAAAUUUUUGCAGGAUCACCAAGGUCGCUAUGCUCUAGAAGGUGCACUUCGAAGAAUCGACGAAAAACAAGCGAGAAUCGUUGAAUUGGAAGAGGAAUUAAUGCGACAAAGAAUGAUGAGAACAAAUCGGCCACAAGAUUUUACGGACAAAAAUCUAUCUGGGCACGAAAUGACUACAAUGAGAAUGGAAAUGGAGAGAAGUGAAGUGGAAUUAGCUGAAAGGAAGAGUGAAUUAAUGAAUUGUCAAAAUCGUAUGCAAACUGCUGAAGAAACAUCGAAUUAA